ACUCGAUCUGCCUGACACUUGCCGACCCGCCAAACCCCUGCCGGCUGGACGAGCGCUCUACGCCGCCGGGAGCCAUGGCAUUCACCAACGCCGCCAUCGUGGGCGUCCUUGGCAUUCUCUUCCUUGGAACAAUUUUCUUGAUCAACGCCCCUCCCUUUCCGCUGCCCCGGGUCAAAUCGGCCCACAUCCUGAGGCCCUAUGACCUGGAAGGUUACUCGGCCACCGAUAUCGCUUCCCGGAGCCAUCCCGACACCCGGCUGCAGUACUUUGGCCUCUCUGCCGACCAAAGCCAUCUCCAGCUCUCGUGGCUCACACAGCCGACCUCGGACAGAAAGCACAUCCGCCAAGCGAACGCCUCGCUCCAAACUUUCAUGGUCCCGCUCUCUGCCCUGGCUCCAACCGCGGAGAGCACAUCCAAUGAUGCCUUUGACCAUAUAUCGGAAGUAGUGCCCAAGCUGGUCGAUCAGCACACCAUUCACGGCAUUGUCGACCAGGUCUCGUCGUCGGUCGAUGCCUCGUUCCGCCCAAUCAUCUCCAUAUCCUAUCACACCUAUCCGGAUGGUGAAACGAUCGAAUACCAUGGCAAGACCUUGCAGUUCUGCUCAGGACAGGAUCCUUUGCCCAGUUGUGUCGACUGCUGGAGCGACAAGGCUCCUGAACCUGGCACCGGGGUGCAUGUUCACAACUACAACUACAAGGGCAAUACGCCGGUCGAGGCACUUUCCAUCGGCCUCGAUGGCAAGCUGAUUUACGAAAGGCAGCUGGAUUCCAAAGUUUUUCGAUUCCUUCCUCGUGAUUCAGAUUGCGUCCUGGACGAUCUCCUUCCUGUCUAUUGGAAUGAAACAACGAUUGCCGGUCCCUCGAUAGGCACCUUCAAAGCUCCGAUAGAUAUCAUUGCUGUCUCGGAGAUCUAUUCCCCAAUCAAGGACAACAACACCUUUUUGGUCAUCAGUGCCUCCCCCCUGGACGAAACCUCAAUCAACUUUCGUCUGACUAUCUUUGAGUACUCCCACAACACUAGCUCGUGGAAAAAGCUGUCCAACAAAAUGCUGCGAGCACAUACGGGCUAUGACUUUUCUCAAAUCCACCGACGGAACGACCCAGAACUCUACUUUAUCAAGCAUCCCGUCGUUGGUCGCUCGCGGCAGGGCAACGUCUUUGCGUUUGUCUUCUUUGGCCACAUUCAUACGCUGGAGUAUGUUGGCAAGCACAACACCCCGGGCGGCUUCUAUGUCACAAGUCACUGGAUAUCCCGAGUUGAUCCGCUGGAUCUGCAGGUCCAAGGCUCGCUGCUGAACACCGAGGGCAGUGUCGCGGUGAUGAUGAUCGACGGCCUUGCGACGCCUUACCACUCUAGAUCCGAUUUGCUCGUUAUGACACACCAGCCCAUCGCUCCGCGGGGCUCCAAACGGCACAAGAAACGACCGCACAAUGCCCUCGUCCACGUCGACAUGGGCUUGCCGGGUGACAUCUACAUACCAACAAUGCAAUCUACGGACGGCGAUUCCGCAAUGCCCACCGACGAUCCAGACAGCUGGACGAGCGAGCAGCUUGACAAUCGACCCUGGACCAUCGUCAGCAUCUGGCCCGGCAACGCCAUCUCCGAACUCGUUGGUUUGAAAAUCAUCGGCAUCGCCAUGAUCGAGGAUGGGCCGGGACAGAAAAUACUGGAUGCGCAGUACCCGCAGGAUCCGUACAACAAGCCCCCCAAGUACAUUGCUGUCCUAUUCGAGGAUUACACUCUCGUCAUGCUCGAUAUCACGGAUCUCGAAUGGUCUCUGGGCAUCAAGGCCUUUGUGCGUCUGCGGUGGAAGCUGCUGACAGCGCUGAUCGGAUGUGUCUCUGCGUUUUUUGUCAACGAGCUGCGGUACUCUGUUUCGAUUCGAUGAGGACAGCCGGCCGAUUCGGACCGCGUCCAUCCAGGAGGGCCUGGCUGGCUCGGUCGAGACAAGGCAGCCGAACUGGUUCAUGUACUGCGAUUCAUGUCUGGGCUUGCGCCCAACAACUGUCUCUUUUGUCCUCUUGCUAUCAGCAGCCAUUACAAGAAAACAAAGAUGCGGCAUUCGUUGAGUCAGGGGAUCUUGUCUUUGAGAUCCGGGAAAGAACGGCC